CCGUGUGGAAAAAAAUAAAACAUUAAACAAUGACUUCUUUGUUAGUUCACACUUCAGUGAUAUAUAUUCAUCGUUAAUGCAUGGCUUUUGCUUCAUAAAAAUCCACAAGACUCAUCAUUAGCAUUGCACUAUCAGUAAAAUACUCCAUGAUGAUUAAUUAUAAUCAUACUGUUUUUGUAUUUCUUCUUUUGUCCUUGGGAAUAUUCAAACUGGGUUCAUGCUCUGAAAAUAAUGUGACAGUGAAAUGCAUCAAAAGUGAAAGAGAAGCACUUGUCAGAUUCAAGGAAGGCGUAAGCGUAAAUGGUAUUCCAGGUAAGCUUUCUUCAUGGGUCGGUGAAGAUUGCUGCCAAUGGAAAGGCGUAGAGUGCAACAACGGAUCGGGUCAUGUUACCAAGCUCAAUCUUAGCAACCCAGCUGGACGCCCCAGGCACUUUGAUUACGAAAGUAAUCAAAACAGGAACAGCCCCUGUGAAGCUUGCAGUGAUCCUUGUGGUUCCAGUGAUACUUACAGUCGGAAAUGUCCUAAGUCUUCGAGGUCAUUGCUCGGGGAUGUUAAUUCAUCUGUUUCAAGGGAUGUCAAUGCAUCUCUUUCAGGGGAGAUUACUCGUUAUCUCGGCAAUCUGUCGAGCCUGACGCAUCUUGACCUUGGAGGAAACUACAAUUUGUCUACCCAAAACUUGUAUUGGGUCUCAAGUCUCUCUUCUUUAGAGUACCUGUAUAUGGGGGGAGUGAAGAUCAAACAUACCAAUGCAGAUUGGCUUUAUGCAAUUAACAUGCUUCCUUCCCUUCUGGAGUUAAGUUUAUAUUCAUGUGAGCUUAAACACCUUCCAUCUUCCCUUACUUUCCUUAAUUUCACCUCUCUUCAUGUCCUUGAUUUAUCAUACAACCCAUUUAACACCUCCAUACCUAAGUGGCUGUUUAGUCUUACGAGCCUCACAAAUCUUGAUUUGACUUCUAGCAAUCAAGGAGGAAUAAUCCUUGAUUCAUUUGGGAGUCUUAGAAGCUUGAAAUACCUCUAUCUCGGUGUUAACCGUUUUUAUGGUUCAAUCCCAGCUUCUAUUGGCAAUUUGUCAUCCUUGAAGGAGUUGGACGUCUCAUAUAAUGAGAUGAACGGAACCAUUCCAGAAAGUUUAGGGCAACUCUCAAACCUAGUCAAGUUGUUUCUACUAGAAAAUUCUUGGGAUGGUGUCAUAACAGAAGCCCAAUUGAUGAAUCUCAGAAGCUUAGAAGAGUUUAUGCUAACAACUAAAAAAAGUCAGUCUCUAGUUUUCAAUGUGACUCAUGACUGGCGUCCUCCUUUCAAGCUCAAAUCUCUUCAUCUAGAAAGUUGUCGCAUUAUUGGCCCCAAAUUUCCUGUAUGGCUUCAAGUUCAAAGUGAGCUCACCUAUGUCACCCUAACAAACGUUGGAUUCGAAGGCACUAUACCGGAGGAAUGGCUCUCUACGAUAUCUUCUCAACUCACCCACUUGGAUCUAUCCAACAAUCAGAUAAAAGGGAACUUGCCUCACCAAUUAGUAUUUCCACAUGUGACUAAACUAUUUCUGCAAAACAAUUCGUUUUCAGGCCCUAUCCCAUCAAAUAUUAGUGAUCUAAUGCCAAGCUUGCAACAUUUAGAUCUUUCAGAGAACCUCCUCUAUGGUAAAAUUCCUCCGUCCAUAACGAAAAUAAAAAAUCUUAAUAUUCUUGUCCUCAGGAGAAAUAAUCUUUCAGGGGAGUUUCCUCCUCAUUGGAACGCGUCAAAAAUGGGCUUGCGCGUUAUGGAUAUUUCAUACAACAACAUAUGUGGAAAAAUUCCGAGCUCAAUGGGUUUCUUAGGAAACCUUUCUAUAUUAGUGUUGAGCAACAAUAAUCUUAGUGGAGAAAUUCCUUCUUCCUUGCAAAAUUGUUCUAUUGUGAGCAUGGAUUUUGGGGGGAAUCGUCUCUCGGGGAAUCUUCCGUCAUGGAUAGAAUCAGAAAUCUUCAUGCUACGCCUACGAUCAAAUCUAUUCAGUGGAAUCAUCCCUCGAAAAUGGUGCAAUCUUUAUAAACUUCAGAUCCUAGAUCUUGCACAAAAUAAUCUCUCUGGGGACAUUCCAGAUUGUUUCAACAAUUUUACUGCUAUGGUUGAUCACAACACCUCUGGAUAUGAGCAUAUUGAGAACUAUACAGAGAAAGCACAUAUAGCAACAAAAGGAAGAGAGUACGAAUAUGAUCGCACUCUCCAAUUUGUUACCUGCAUUGAUCUUUCAAGGAAUAGUUUGAUUGGAGGCAUUCCUAUUCAAAUAACAAGCCUCACAAGAUUGGGUACGCUAAACUUGUCAAUGAAUCAUCUAAUUGGAAGCAUUCCCAAGAAUAUAGGAAAGAUGCAGUGGUUGGAAACACUUGAUCUCUCAAACAAUAGAAUUUUUGGGCCUAUUCCUGGAAGCAUGUCUUCUUUGAAUUUCUUAACACACUUGAACCUAUCUUUUAACAAGCUGACAGGAAGAAUACCAUCUGGUAGUCAGCUACAAACACUAAAUGAUGCAACCAUAUACAAAGGAAACCCUUUGUUGUGUGGGUCUCCUCUUCUGAUCAAGUGCCCAGGAGAUGAAACAUCUGAUGGCCCAAGUAUUACCGGUGUCGAUGACAAACAAGGUGGAGAUGAUUAUGAAAGGAUAUGGUUCUACGCUAGCAUCGGACUCGGGUUUGUUGUAGGAUUUUGGAGUGUUUGUGGCACCCUACUAUUGAAGAAGUCAUGGAGGCACUGUUACUUUCGUUUUUGUGAUGACAUCAAAGAUAGGAUAGCAUUGCUAAUUGCAUUGAGAGUAGUUCAUUUGAAAAGGAAAUUUGGGCUGGAUAAAAAAUGAAGUUUGUAGAUUGGAAAGCUGGUUUAGUUCUAAAUUUGAGGUCCAAAGAAAAAUUUCCAGGCAUAUUCCUAUAUUUUAUGUGAAAUUCACACUUUUACCCCCUGAAUAAAAUGUUGCAAGUUGCUAAAUAAACAGAGCAAGGCUUUUAUUCUCUAUUAGCAUAGGGAAACCCGAGUAAUCAAUGGAUAGGGAAAAAAAAAUUCAAGUGGUGAAAGGAAGUAAUUCUGCUCCAAAAGCUCACGAAAAAGAGAAAGAGGGUCUUAUUUUGUUGAGUCUGUUAAUUGAAAAGAAUAAGGAGAAAGAUUGAAAGAGGAACUUAAUAUUUUCUAUAAGUUCAUGCUUGUAUGAUGCAUGAGGCGUCUUUAAAAUUUACCAUUUUCCGG